AUGUCGGGAACAGAAGCUAACAAAGCCACGCCGGAAGUCCCCCUGCCAGCAGAGAAGAAGCAAGAAAAAGCGAGCAUCGUUGAACUCCGGAAUGGAAAGGUCAACUUCAAGCAGAAACCACUCUCAUUUGAGAAGCAGUCGGAAACACUGCAAGAAAUUGUCAGCUUCCGUGCAAUGUUGGAAGGACGAAUUGGCAACAAAGAAUCUCCUCUAACCUCGUUUCCGGAGGAGCACCGCCCGUUAAUUGCCAAGUUGGCUCACGAAAGUGACAAAACACUUUCUGCACUCACCAAACACAUUCAUCAAGAGCUACUGCCGACAAUCGACGACGAAGACGACGAGUCUUUGGCCUCUGCAAUAUCUGGAGCACUCCCUAUGAACGUUGUGGAAAACGCUAUCAAGAAUAUUCUAAUACGAAACAACUAUGGUCUCGAUGUGCCAUUAGGUGUCAAACUGCCAGCAGCGGUCUGCGUUUGGCGGUGGGAGGUUAGAAGUGAGAAUUGGGCUUGGUUGCCUAAGAACAGUCGGGAAAAGGUGGAAGCUAGGCUUGCUGAGCGCAUUCAAGCAAAAGAAGAACUGAAGGCUUUAUUCCACGCUCUGCCACAGGAGGCACGGGACGCGAUUAUUGAUCCCAAAAAGACUUCUAUGAAACUCCCCCCCAAGGAACUGAAUCGACCUGAAAUCACCCCGAAUCCCGACUCAAACCUCGAUGACGCGAAGAGCACGCCCCAAUCUUCUAAGAGUCAAAGCAAGAAGAAAGCAGAUGAACCGGAGAAUGACAAGCAAAACGAUACUCCGCAAGGUCGCUCGAAGAGGGUUCAAGAUCCUGAAAAGGCAGCGAAGGAAAAAGAGAAGUUGGAGAAGAAGGCUGCCCGUGCUGAAAAGGAGAAGAAAGAGAAGGAUGCUCAAAACAAGUCACAGUCGAUAAUGGCGAUGUUUUUCUCGAAGCCAACAGGGUCCACAAGCGCGCCGAAGAAGCGUGACACUGCUGUAGCUGGUCCUUCCAAAGUGCAGUCCGAUUUCGAACGAGUUUUUAAGCCGUUCGUGUUGCAAAAGGAUAAAGUGCUUGCUUCGCAGAAUUGGUUCUUAGCGGAGAAGAAGCGCAGACGUACUGCUCUGUCUAGUGCCCCGAACACUCAGGUCAUCGUCGUCGACAGCGACGACGAAUUUGAUGUCGAAAUGCAAGAUCCUCAACCUACUGAGCAAGAAUUGGCUGCUAUGUCUCCACAAGAACGUUUGAAUGCUAUCCUAUCGAGUCUGCCACCUCCGUGUGCGGGCCCUCAACUGGAUCGCCGGCGGAGAAUGCCUACUGCAUUUAAAACCUACCACUCCGUUUCUGUGCGAGAACUCAUGUCACAACUUUCAGAAGCCGAAAUUGGUGGGAAUGACGACCUGGUACGACAAGUUACAGAUAAACUGCGCGAUCGAGAGUUCCUACCUGCGAAAGUUUUCUGUUUUCGUGAAGAUUCCCGGCCAGGAUACUUCGGUACAUGGACAAGGAGUUCAAAAAUCAUCGGUCCUCGUACUCCAUUUGCAAAAGACACGCUCGUAUUCGACUAUGGCUAUGACAGCGGGGAGGAAUGGGAGGAAGAGCCUGCCGGAGAGGACGUUGCAGAGGAUGCUGAUGACGAUGAUGGUGAUGCAGACGAACAAGACUCCGACAUGGAUAGUUGGCUCGUCGACGAUGAUGAAGAACCGGUGGAUAUCUCAUCUCUGGGACGCGACUCGCCGCCGCCUCUGUUCGAUUUCCCGGGACCCCAGCCCCUACCCAAACGCAAAGCAGAAGACCCAGAAGCGAAAACAAGUAAGAAACGUAAAACAGUUGUUCCUCUAGUGCCAUUCGCGAAAGGGCCUAUAUGGGAAACGAUUGUUGGUAAAUGCCCCUAUGAGCCUUUCAAUCCUUAUGCCAUCCAACUAUUCAACGAUACACCGCUGUCCGUAGACCCCUUCACUUUCAUCUCAACUUGCCUUGAGGACCAUAAAGCAAGCUUACGAGCCGCAAAUUCUGCAAACGCUAAAAUCAGCACAGCCGACGGCCCUUUUGCAAUUCCGGCCCUUCCUCCUCACCUAACGGCAACGCAAGUCACAAUUAAUUUGAAUGAUGCAUCUUUGAAUCUGCCUGGCACCAGUAACCCGCCGAAGAAAGCGCCUAUCGCACCUAAAUCCACCUUCCCGGACAUCUACAUGGACUUCCUCCUCAACAAGAUCACCCAGCUUCAAGCUUCAAGCAUUACCGCCCUCGUCGAGACAAUCUUCCAAGACCUCCGAGAACAUAAGGUCAAGAAGAUUGCCAUUGAAGCGAAAGUUCGCGAAGUGGGAGAGAAGUGUAGGGAGAAGAAGGUUUGGAUUGUGAAACCCGCACUGCUGGUAGGUGCCCAUUCGAAUAACAGCACUUCUUGGGGCCUGAUGACGCUGCAGCAGUCCCAGUCAUAG